AUGUCCAACAAAAAAAAUACAAACACGGAGGGAACUUGUUUUAAAUUGCCCGCUUCUUCACUUUUUCCUCCAGAGCUUCUCUCUACAAACCCUAAGGCAUCGCCACCUCCUUUCUCUCUAGGACGUGCUAGGGUCCAAAAAUCAUAUCUUGCGGCUGAAGAUGCGGCGGCCGGAAACUUCGACACCGCUACGCGGUUGCUCAGCCGCCAGCUUGGCGUAAAGAACUUCACACUGUUGAAAUCACUAUUUCUUGAUCUUCACAUGGAGAGUCAUGCUUUCCUGCAUGCUUUCUCUUCGGCUCCAUUGAUCUCAUUGGCUAUUGAGCCUGGCUGGAGUGAGUCAGCAAGCCCUAACAUCUGGGCACCACCUACACUUGUGUUCAAUAUCUCUCAAUUAGAAGAAAAACUCAAAGCUGGCUUGAAAGCCACCACCACUAGUAAAUUCACUGAAGAUUGA